GGAUGAUAGCAUGUAUUUUGUAAAUGGUGAAGGAACUGACAAUGCAAAAGAUAGGUCUGAGUCUGAGGCAUCUUUAUUGUGGAAAAGAAAUAAGCCUCCCUCGAACCUUACCCGCUAUAACCUAACUUCUUUCGCUAUUACACUGAACGAAUUGACACCAGGACUGAAGGAGAAGCUCCCUCCUACAGAUUCGAGACUGAGACCAGACCAACGGCAUCUGGAAAAUGGGGAAUUUGACAAGGCAAAUGUGGAAAAGCUUCGUUUGGAAACACGACAAAGAAUGUCGAGGAAAUUGCAAGAACACGGUUGGAAACCGAGAUGGUUCCAAAGAGACGGAGAAGGACCUUUCCGCUACAUUGGUGGAUACUGGGAAGCCCGAGAACAAGGGACGUGGACUGGAUGCCCAGACGUUUUCGGAGAGAUAACCAAAGAACUCGUUGAUUCCUUCGAGCCUUCUUAACCUCAAAAACAAAGAAAAAGCUUGUGAGAGUUGAUCAUGCUCAUGGAUCAUCAAAUGCUGCGUAAUUUCUUUGGAAACUUCGUUUUGGAUCAAAUCUUUUUCCAAGUAAGCUAAUUAUGGUAAAAGCAAAGGCACACUAGCUAUCUUAUAAUGUGACAUUCUGCGUAUCUACCAUUUUACUCCCACCAAUCAGCUCGCGUUUAGUUAUAGGCAGCUAUUUGUUACUCCAUUUUUACUCUAAAUAAACUUAACAUUCGGAUAUAUAUAUAUAUAUAUAUAAGCACAAUAAUUUCUUGGCC